GAGCCGGGCGGCGGGAGCGGAGCGCAGCGCAUCCCGCAGCGGCACCGCCGCCUCCGCCCGCCCAGCAGAUCCGGUGAAGCCCGCGGCAGCCAUGGCGCUGGUGAAGAGCGGUUGGCUUUGGCGCCAGAGCUCCAUCCUGCGCCGCUGGAAGAGGAACUGGUUCGUGCUCUACCUGGAUGGCAGCCUGGUUUACUACCACGACGAGACGCAGCGGGACAUGGACGGCCGGAUCCACAUCAAGUACAGCUGCCGGGACGUGCGGAUCGGCCGCGAGUGCAAAGACGUGCAGCCGCCCGAGGGGAGGAGCCGGGACUGCCUGCUGACCGUGGUGCUGCGGGACGGCUCCAAGACCACGCUGUGUGCCGAGAGCGAGGACGAUGCCGUUGCUUGGAAGAUGGCCGUGCUGGAGGCUAAAUCCACCCCGGUGCACGUGUACGACCCCUACGACGACGACUACUACCAGACGGUGCCCCUGGACUCCCACCAGGCUGCCUACAUCAGCUCCGGCCACUACGGCCACCAGUACGGAGCUCCCGGGGUGACCCACGUCAUCGUGUGCGAGGAUCCCUACCGCGUCUCCGGGGACCAGAUGGCCCUGGGGCUGCUGGCCGGGGCCGCCACCGGCGCCGCCCUGGGCUCCUUCAUGUGGAUGCCCUGCUGGUUUUAGCGGCUGCCAGGCUGGGCCACAGCCCCCCUUCGCUCCCCAGCCCUGCCUCGGAACCUGCUCUGAGCACCCCUCAGCCUCCCCAGGACACCCCGGGGGCAGACUCCUGCACACGCCCUGCUCCCAGCCCCAGCUUCUGCAUUAAAUAACCCCCAGGUGCUUCAGAGCCCCCCAGACCCACUGCAGAACCCCAUUGCACCCGAUUCCCGUCGGCAAAGAUUCCCUGGGCCAUUGGCAGAGCUUCCCCAUCCCAAACUUCCACAGGGAGCUGGCUGCAGAAAUUCCGAGUUUGGGAGAAGGAGGGAAAGUUUAGUUUUUUAAAUUUAAUUUGGGGGGAAGUGGCUGGAUCCUUUUUGGCUGGGUGAACCCCACAAUGCAGAGGCUUUUUAAGGGCUUUGUUUGGGAAGGCUCCAGCACCAGAGGGCACCACAGGGAUGCUCAAGAGGUGGGUAAAAGAUUAAGGAGGAUGAAAACCUUUGCGGGAUUUCCACCCCUUUCCAACAAGCACCGGUCCCCUGGGCAUGGCCAAGUUGGAGAAAUGGUGCAAAACCCUCAGGAAUUGAAGUUAAACCAUUGGGAAUGAGGCUGAGGGGAGCCCAGGGAAUAUCCCAACCUCUCCAGCCGAGUGGGUGGGACACACAGCAUCCUCAGUUUCACCCUGAUUUUUGGGAUGGGGAGAAGGGCAGCUCUCCAUGGGGACCAGGGAGCCUUUCUGGCAGCCAAGCCGGGAUCUUCACAGCAGGGAUUUGGGAUUGAGGGGGGACACACCAGGGACAAACCCGUGGUCUUGCCAGGGGACAAGCAGCAGCUCAGGGUUUUGGUUGGGCGAUGGAAGAGGUGAGGCACAGUUGCCAAGUGUUGCUCCUAGAGCCAGGAUGGUAUCCUGGAACCACGACUGACAUUGAAUUUAGGAAUUACAAACCCCACAGCUGGAUAGAAAACCACCAGUGACACCAGCACCCCAGCCUGCUCCUGCCUUUAGAGCCCUGGGUCAGCUCAUCCCUGUGCCCAUCAGGGGAUUGGGAUAUCCCAACACACCAUCCUCAUCCUCUCCUGCAUUCCCUGCCUCCCUCCUGCUGUGCACCCGCUCCUGGAAAAGGGAAAAAAAAUUCAAAAAACCUCUUUGAAGUCUAAUAAAGGCAGUGAAAAACCA